UGGCCGGCCUCUCUGUCCAAGACAGGACCAUGUCGCUACACAGUUAAUACUUAUAUAGACGGCCGGUUGGUAUACAGUGUGACCGUUGAUAAGCGGUUAUCGGUGUACAAAGGCCUUCGCUCCAGGUCAGCUGUUUUGAUGUAUAAACAUAAUUACAAUUGUCAGAUACUGAGGUGUGUGCGACACGUUCAGCAUGAACGUUUUCCUCCUUUCUCUUGGAGUAAUUUUACUAAUUGGUGAUGUUGUCACUACACAGACCACGAAACCACAUAUUGUGUUCAUAAUAGCAGACGAUUUAGGAUGGAACGACAUUGGUUUCCACAAUCCAGAAAUAAAAUCUCCAAACAUCGACAAACUGGCUACAGAAGGUCUUAUCCUCAACAGUUCUUAUGUCCAACCGCUUUGUAGUCCAUCGAGAAGUGCGAUAAUGACUGGUUAUUAUCCCUUCAAAAUGGGCCUCCAGCACUUGGUUAUUUUGCCGUAUCAACCGGUCUGCGUUCCACUCAACAUAACGCUUCUACCAGAGGCCCUCAGAGAUCUGGGGUACGCUACCCACAUGGUUGGCAAGUGGCAUCUCGGCUUCUGCAGUUGGAACUGCACGCCCACGUACCGCGGCUUCGACUCGUUCUUCGGCUACUACAACGCGGACGAAGACUACUACACCCAUACUGUCGAUGAUUAUUUGGAUCUUCGUGACAAUAAAACACCUGCCAGAAAUCUGAAUGGAACUUAUUCAACGAACUAUUUCGCCUCCUUGGCGACAGACAUCAUCAACAGACACAACAAAAGCCAGCCUCUCUUUCUGUACCUACCGUUCCAAGCCGUCCACGAGCCUAUUGAGGUUCCCAAAAGGUACGAAGAUCUGUAUCCAAAUAUACAAAAUGAAGGCAGAAGAAAGUUUAGUGGAAUGGUAUCUGCGUUGGACGAGGCUGUAGGAAACGUGACGUCUGCCUUGAAACAAAAUGGAAUGCUGGAUGAUACGCUGAUAUUCUUCACGGCAGAUAAUGGCGGGUGGAUACCCUAUUACGGAAACAACUAUCCUCUCCGCGGGGGUAAAUUCACCAUAUACGAGGGAGGAACUAGGACGGUGGCGUUCAUAAACGGGAAACGUCUUCAGAAUAGCGGAACUGUGUAUGAAGGAUUGAUGCAUGCGAUAGACUGGAUGCCAACGAUCGUUGCCGCUGCCGGGGGGAUUCCAGAUAACAGCAGAGAUGGAAUGAACUUAUGGUCAGAUCUAAACAACGGAUCACUAUCGGGUCGUAAAGAGUUUGUCUACAACCUGGAUAGUCACUUCCCUCCGUUAGAGGGACAUGCUGCUUUAAGAAUGGGUGACUACAAGAUGGUAGAAGGAUAUCCUGGGGAGUUUCCCGACUGGUACAAACCACAACAACUUCCGGAAGAUAGUCCAAUAAAACAAGACAAGUUUGAAAAGAAACCGUAUCCAUGGUACCAGUAUCAACUCUUUAAUAUUAAAGAUGAUCCAACGGAACACAACGAUCUCUCUACGAAGUUGCCCGAUAUCCUAGCAAAGAUGAAAGCGAGGCUAAACGAGUACAAAAAACAGAUGGUUCCUCCAAACUUCCCGAUUCUACCCGAUCCUAAGAGCGACCCUGCACUCUAUAACAACACGUGGUCGCCUGGCUGGUGCUAGCCUGUAAACUAGUCUAUUUUAUUUUUUAUAAUUCUAAACUAAUUAUUAAAAUAAAUACAUUUUUAGGCCA